ACCAGGAGGUUUCUGUACUUGAACCUAACUGGGAUCUUUAUUUGUCUGCACCUGUUUUUAUGCCCUUGUUCGUGUUUGUCUGUGGACUCUAACUUCUGUUUGGACUUUUCUCCCCAUGCCAGCACCACAGUGUCUAGCUGAUGUCAACUCACCUCAAGUAAGGAGCUUUCUUGGAUGGGGUGACAGUCUCUCGGCGCCCCCUUCUCAAUCAGCCACCAUGGAGGAAUUCCAGAGAAAACUGAAUCAACACUAUGAAGGCACCAAGCCCAGAAAGGUGAGGUUCAAGCUGGCGUCAUCCUACAGCGGUCGGGUGUUGAAGCAUGUGUAUGAGGACGGUCAGGAGCUGGACAGUCCAGAGGAGAAAUACCCUCACAGCUUUGUUCACCGCAAGAUCCCUCCCAGCCACCUGGAGGUGGAGCAGCUCUGUGGGUUUGAGGAUGCUCAUGGGGACCAACCGGGUGUCUAUCCUCCAACAGGGCUCAUUGCCCAGAGAAUAAACGUGUACAGAGGAAUGGGAAGUUACAAGCCUGCUGCAGGCCAGACUGAGAAAGCAGAGGGAGAUUCCAAAUCUUCAGUGUUGGACUUUGGUAAGAUAAUCAUCUACACCAGCAAUCUGCGAAUCAUCAGAGCACCACCAAGGAAGCCUGAAGCAUUGCGGCACCACACAGUGCCCCCUGUGGACUUGGAUGGAUACCCAAAAGCCAGGGAGAGGGGGAGCAGGAGGAGGGCUAAAGCUCUUUGUACACAGGAUGGGGAAGAGAAGGCGGAGAAACAUAUUAGCGAUACAGAGACCAAGGAGGCCGACAGCUGCCAGCAUUGUGGCGGUUCGGGCUGCGCUCCCUGCUCUCUGUGUCACGGUAGCAAGCUGUCCAUGCUGGCGAACCGCUUCAAUGAGUCCAUCAGUGAUCUGCGUUGCCAAGCCUGCUACCCCCAUGGUCUGGAGAAGUGCCAGUCCUGUUCCAGCAAAUAGAGAGAGAGAGAGAGAGAUAGAGAGAGAGAGAGAGAGAGAGAGAUAGAGAGAGAGAGAGAGAGAGAGACUAUGUGCUAUGGGUUUUAGCACAAUUGUCUCAGCGGCAAUAUUGCUCUAAUCCAAAGUGUUCUUGGUGGGGUGUUUCGAAGCACUACUAGGAAACAUAAGCCAUCAUUGGAAAGGGGAAUUAUGAAUUGUGCAGCUGGCACAAAAUCAUAAAAUACAAUUACUGUGUGCAGUGAACAUAGCUUGCGAUAACACAAACACAUAAUCACCUCAUUGUUGUCACAUUAUUUUGCAUCUGCACCCUUCUUCCUGAUAAAACCGGGUUCCACAACAGUUAUCAGUUUAAUUAAAAUGAUGCAAACAUGUUUGCUUUGUAUUUCAUAUACUGGAAAGGCUGCCCUGUUCCUAUCUCUCUCUCUCUAUUCACCAGGGAGAAUAAAACCUUUUAUAUCCCACAUGAUUUACUGUAUGAGGGUAACUGAUGCCUUCUUUUUCUUCAAAAAUGGGGAAAAAGCGACUGAGAGAUAAGAGUUUGAGAUGGAAGGAGAGAAUAUGAACUGAGGUGAGAGUGAGUAAGUCAUAGGAGACAGUUGCAUGGUAACAACAUUAAUUUUAUCAAUGAUUAAAGUGCACAACCAAACAAUGCUGAAAUGCACUCCUGCUUUAAGGAUGGUAAAAGGAUGACACAGAAUGUGUUCAUCGCAUUUUGCAUUUAAGCUACUGUAAUUAGUGAGUAAAGAAGAUGCAAAAACACAAAAAGCCACAUUUUAAGUAAAACAUAUUGACUUUGGGUGGAGUAUUACUUUAAGAUGAGAUAGAGAUGAGAAAAGGAAAACAGUUAAAGGAACACGCCAACUUAUUGGGACUUUAGCUUAUUCACUG